UAAGUUCUUGGUCUUAAUCGUGUUCUUUUACCAAAAGAUUUGGUUGUGCUCUUAUGUUAAAAGUGCAGCCCGAGUUUGACCUGCGCAGAGAUGUGGAGGCUGACAUCCGAAGGAAGGAGGCGGCGGUGUGCAGGGUGAAAGACUACUCUGGAGCAGUGGACAUUUUAAUCCUCAACACUGAGAGAGAUGGGGGCAUCCUUUACUCCUGGAAGGGAUCAAGUGGGGCCACACGUGUUGGGAAAUAUGACUCAAGCACCAAGCAGAAUAAGCUCCUGUAUACCUUCGACAAGCAGGUGUGUGUUAGCAGCUGCUCCCUGAACAAGGAGGAAACGUUGUUAGCUGUCAGCUUGGCACAAAACAAUGGUGGAGAGGAGCACCUCAAACCAAGUGAGACACGUUCACAUGCUCCUUCUUUCAUUGACAUGCUUCAUCAUUUCUCAUCCCUCGCUUUAGUAUCCCAGUGCUUGACGCUCCUGAUUGAGAUCCAUCCUAUCAACAACACCAAAGUCUUAAAGGCGGUAGACUGCAGGGUCAAAGUGCAGUUUCUCCAUCCUGAAACUAACCGCAGAUCAGUGCAGGAGAGCCACCUGCUGCUGCUAACUGAAGAUGGAUAUGUGGAUCAGUACCACGUCAUGCUGACCAGGCAUGAGGGUUACAAAGUGGUGGUGGCCAAUCCGGAGCGUUUGUCCAAGACAGCCGAGCGGGUGGCGGAGGAUUUCUGCUGGGUCCAAUGGGACGUGCACACGCAGAGGCUCUAUUAUCUCACCCAUGCGGACAAGUUCCUGCUGCGAUGUGUGCAGUUCUACGACAACCACAAUUGUGAAACUGUGCUGGAGCUCCCAUUAGCGUUGCCUGCUCAUGCUUUCAGCACCGUCAAGUUUGUGAACUUGGGUUUUGACCACCAUCACGUGGAGAAGCCAGAGCGAGUAAAGAUGGAAGUAUUCACAAACCAAUUAGGAAGCAUGUGCGUGUGCUCCAGUCGACCCGCUUGCCACAAAGCGGAGCUCAUCUAUUCUGUGGUUUUAGUUCACAAAGACUGCAGCAAGACUUUCCGGGUCACUUUGGGCCAGCCGACACGGGACAGCACGCUGCUCCAUCCCCUCUUCAUUCCUAUAGGUUACUACGUCGUGGUGUAUCUGCGCGCUUGCUUCCUGCACUGCAUCAACACCAGGCAGCAGGAGAUGCUCUGCCACUCCCUCUUCCUGUCUGGUGAUGAUGCGGACUUGGGCCUAUCGUCAAAGUCCGGAGUGUUCACAGUGCUGCACGCAGAUGACGAGUCAAGUGUGGCCCUGUUGGACCUGCCAAAUGGGACUAUCCAUGGUGUCCAACUCAGCCCAGCCCACCUUCUGCAGAUUCUACGAUCAGACCCCCGUUCUGGUUUUGUCUUGUUUCUGUACUCCAUCCAUCUCACAAGGAGACCCAACAACAUGGUUGACGCUCAGCGCCUGGCCACCCUUCACUGCCUUCUCCUUUACAGCGGAAAUGACCCAAACGUGGAGCUGGAGAUUAUUGAGUGGCUGUGUGACAAUGUGAAAGUAUUUGAGUCCUUUGACCCCAUCCAGGAGUUCAUUCUAGCAUCUUUAUACAGAAUUAGCUACCAGAGGUCCCUCAGCCUGGAUAAACUGCUGCCUUGCUCAUCGGUGUUUGACGGGAAGGUAGCCUCCACACAUACUGUAUUUAGUCUUUGCACCUGGUUCACACUCUCAGCCCUGCAGGAGGUACCAGCGUGUCUGACGGAGAUCCCCGGUGUGCUGUGCACCACUCUGCUGCAUACCGAGUCUGUCUUUAAAGGGAAGGCCAGGAGUGUCCAGGGCUUCUGGUCCGAGCUGCAGUGGAACACGGAGAGGACAGCAUAUUUUGACGUCGAGCCCAACCCCAGAUACAGAACGUCUCACGUUCAGGCCUACUGGAGCAAACUUAUGACAGAAAAACCCUCAAGCCACAUGACUCAUGUGUUGGAGAACACUAAGAAGGUUCUUUCCAUGGUAGACACUUGGCCUCUUGACAGGAAGCUGGUUCCGCUUUUCCAAGAGGAGGAUCACCACCAGAAGCUGCUCAUAGGCCUGACGGUGGAGAAGCUCCGAGAGCAUCUCAAUACACACCUGCCUCGCCAGGGCAAGAAGAAGAUAGACUCCCUGGUCAUCAACUAUGUAGCCAAACUGCUGGAGCUGAUCAGACACAUGCUGGAGUCAGUCUGGCUGAAGCACAAGCUGGGCCCUUUUGUUCUGUGCUUCACACAUCGGGCCAGUCCAGGCGAGUGGGCUGUGUUUCACUUCAUGCUUCGGAUCCUAGAAGCCACCAGGGGUCUCUGCAUGCCCCUCCCACCUGGUUAUCAUACUCUGCUAGCGGCGUUGGCUUUGCGUUGCCUCCCUCAUCACACUUUCCUACAGUACGUCGACCACCGCUUCCUUCAGCUAACGGACACCUUCGUGUCUCGACUCAUGACAGGUGCACCUGCAUAUUUGGACAACAGUGCAGCUAAUGAGAAACUCAAGUUCAGUGUAUUAAAGAGACUUCCAGAGGCAAACAGAUUCUACCACAUGUGGGAUCAUCCUAUCAUUUCGGCUUCCAUCUCCAGAGAUUACGUCAAGAAUCUGUUGGGGGGACGGAACAAAAACAAGGGAUUUGCUUUCACCGGCAGAGACAAAGCAUGCUUCAGAACAGACGUCUUGCCUCUGACGUACCUGGCCAAAGUGCUUUCUGACAUAGAGGAGCAAGCUCUGAACCCCUUUGAGGAGCAGGAGAACGUGGACGCUACAUUUGUGGAGGAGACGGCUCUGAAACAGACACUCAUUCUGCUGGGAUUUGAGGGAAAAUGAACCCCCCCAAAAAAAGGACAGAUGGGAGUGUAGAUGGAUGGAAGACAAGGGAAUGAUGAAUAACGAGAGCAAUCACACAAGCAGGAAGAGAUGAAUGGGAAGACAGAAGCCGCCAGCUGAGAUGUUGCCAGGACUAGAGACAAAGGGAGAAAACUAACAUUUGUUUACAUUUUGAUUCAUGUCAGGGAAGCCUUCUUAUACUCAAUCAAUACAAUUGUAUAAACAAGCAACCACAAUCUCUGCACAUGCUAUAACAGUACAUCAACAUAAGGUACACCUGUGCAAUUUAAUGAGAUCGGGCAGAAGUUAUGGGUCAAAAAUUGAGAUGAAUGCUCAGUUGUAGUGACCGAGGUUGUAAAUUUAGUCAAUCGAAGGGAGGAUCACGCGUCUAUACAUAAGGUAUUUAUUAGGGUGGAGUCUCAUUAUGUAUGUGCAUUUUUUAAAUAAAUGUAUCGUUUUUCAUCAAUAAUUAGUUCAUCAAUAAUGUAAAAGGCCACAGUGCUUUUUUGUUCAAAUGGACAACGCAAUUAAUAGGGGAAUGGCAUCUAAUUUGAGACUUUUUUAGGAAAUACAGUGGUGGCUUGAGGUAAGAGUUUAAUAUUUUCUGUGACCAUGCUCGCAACUAUUUUUUGCCAGAUGUUUUGUUCAGUUCAAUGAACUUUGUGCUGUUCCUUCUGGAGUAUGCGCCUUGGCCACAGUAUAAUACAGAUACUCAAUGCAAGUAGACGGUAAAAUUGAUUGUUCUUCACAGAGGAUAAAGAAUAUAUUCUUAUGAGUCUUAUUAUAUUGUCUUUCUACAUGUGUUGCUCAACUGUUUAUGUUCAAGUAUUCGUUGUCAUAGUCCUAGUCGUUCGCCUGUCGAUGGCGCUUAGGAUUUAGCGAAGCGGACUUAAAGCUAAGCAGUUGUUUUAAAUACAUAAUUUGAUUGUCUUUGUUUGAUGUUCAGUUACUGAAACUCAAAAUUAACUGGGAGUGGCAAUAAACAGCCUGGAGCCUCUUUUUUGAAGAACCCGUCACUAUCUGCAAAAGUGCUGCUUGUUGUGAAGUGAGUUGAGUUCGCUGCCACCAUACAGCGCUCGUAACAUACAUUUUUUGCUAGAAGUCAAAGCAAAAAAUUGCACCAAACGACGCCUUGUCUCUCAGAAAAUUCAGGUCACUUGUAUUUCAAGGCACUCGCUAUGCAGUACUUAUAAAUCAAACACAUGCUUUCUGUCAGGCUUGCUGACAAAGAGUUUUGUAUGGUUCUUGGCAGGGUUAUUUCACAGCUCCUGGUUAAGGACACAUUAAGAUGUUUAGACUCGGACCAUGAGGAUAUUCAUCUGGCUUUAACCGUUAACGUCGGAUGAAUGGGCGGGGAUGUUUUAAAACGGGGUGCAAUUAUUACUUCAGAGAAAAUCUAAAUGAGGACAUAAUGCGAAGCGCAGAGGGACACACUUGAGGGAUUUAAAAGAUGGAAGGUUAGGCUAAUAUUUUUAAAGAUUUAGGGGCAUUUGGUCAGCGAUGAGGGAAAUUAGUUGGGGUCUUGUUUCUGGUUUUUUUUUCUGAUUAUUAUUUUUACAGCACAGUAAAAAUGUGUUCUGGCAAAUUUCUCAGAUUGCAGGUGGAUUCCAAGAAAGACAAUAAAUAACACAAUUUGUCAUAAUAUAAACAUCCCAUGUCCUCAUUUGGUGGCUCUGGAAAACUGCUGUGCGACCUAUUUCAUCUUGACCGUUCAAGACCAUGUUGGAUUAUUUCCUGUAAUCGUUUGACUCAGACUGUUCCAAUAUUUGAAUACACGUCUCCUGUUUGAGAUAAUGAGAGAACAAAGCAACUGGGCUUCAUUAGACAAGACAUUUAUUUCCACAACACAUUGCAGAAAGAUGUCUAGCAAAUGCUUGAGGAAAGCACGGCAUCCAACCAAAGGAACCAAAAGGAGAUGAAAAGAAGACAUGCAUGCAAUGGUCUGUUUUGAAUCAUGUGACCGUGAGUGAUCAAUCAUCUUUGAUUUUUUUAUGUUUUUUUAAAACUGUAAGCAGUCUCUGGAAAAUGUCAGUGUGGAAUGUGUAGAUUUUUGUCAUUUUUUUUUGUGAAAUACCAUGCAUUCUAUAGGUUUUGAAUAAAAGGGACAACAUG